UGCAAAAGUGACAAAAGUCAACAGAACUGAUUCCAGAGACAGCGAGCACUCAUAUGAAGAUAUUUAUGCAAAUACAGGCAAUUUGAAGACCCAGAGGCCCAGAAGCUUUAUGCAAGCUGAGAGUUCAGGUGGAGACACUGCAUGGGGCAGGUGUUACAGACUGACUGCAGUGUUUGUUGUGCUGCUUUUUGUUCUCCUGAUCACUGUCAUCACACUGCUGGGGAUCAAAUUCAGUAUGCUGAUUACAGAAAACAAUCAGUUACAGAUCAGUAACAAUAACCUGACUAUAGAGAGAGACCAGUUACAGACCAGUUACAAAAACCUGACUAUAGAGAGAGACCAGUUACAGACCAGUAAGAACAAACUGACUAUGGAGAGAGAUCAACUGGAAACCAGUUACAACAACCUGAUUAAAGAGAGAGACCAGUUACAGACCAGUAACAACAACCUGACUAUAGAGAGAGACCAGUUACAGACCAGUAACAACAACCUGAUUAAAGAGAGAGACCAGUUACAGACCAGUAACAACCACCUGAUUAAAGAGAGAGACCAGUUACAGACCAGUAACAACAACCUGACUAUAGAGAGAGACCAGUUACAGACCAGUAACAACAACCUGACUAUAGAGAGAGACCAGUUACAGACCAGUAACAACAACCUGUCUAUAGAGAGAGACCAGUUAGAAAGCAAUUACCACAUCCUGAAGACAGAAAACAUCCAACUAAAGACCAGCAACAACAACCUGACUGUAGAGAGAGAGCAGUUUCAGACCUGUAACAACAACCAGAUUAUAGAGAGAGACCAGUUACAGACCAGUAACAACAACCUGAUUAUAGAGAGAGACCAGUUACAGACCAGUAACAACAACCUGAUUAUAGAGAGAGACCAGUUACAAACCAGUAACAACAACCUGAUUAUAGAGAGAGACCAGUUACAAACCAGUAACAACAACCUGAUUAUAGAGAGAGACCAGUUACAGAGGGAAAAAGCUGAACUCCAAAGGUUUUCAAAACUGGGAUGGAGUUUCUUCAGCUCCAGUUGUUACUACAUCUCUACUGAGCAGAAGACCUGGACUGAGAGCAGACAGUACUGCAGAGGGAGAGGAGCAGACCUGGUGAUCAUAAACAGCAGAGAGGAACAGGAGUUUAUCACUAAACUGCUGGGCGGUAACCAAGCUUGGAUUGGUCUCAGUGACGGAGACACAGAAGACGAGUGGAAGUGGGUGGACGAUACACCACUGAGAACUGGGUUUUGGGCAGGUGGAGAACCAAACAGUAAAGGAGGAGAUGAGGAUUGUGUUUUAACUUUUCCUUCCUUCAACUGGGCUGAUUAUAUCUGUAACAGUAAGUUUGUGUUAAUCUGUGAGAAAACAAUCUUUAACUGA